AUGAGUGAUAUUAGUUAUGAUUUGGUAGAAGGAAUUAAAGUUUGCACCCUUAGAUUCAGAUUCAAAGAGAAAUAUAUUCAAGAUAAUAAAUCGGCACGAGGAAUGCACAUAAUUGGAGAUAUCAUCCCCUCAAAGUUAAAGGUUUUUAUAAUGAUAUGGGUGUAUAUAACGAGUGUGUGUCAUAAAAUCUGUUUAUAUAAAGACUGUAGUAUGGUCUUUCAUAAUCCUCAUUUUGAUUUUAAAAUCAAGGAUAGUAAUAUUAAUAAUAAUAAUCUAAAAAUAGAUGUAUUUAAUUUUAAAAAAAAGAAUGAGGGAAGUUAA